CUAAAGUCCACGACAAACAGAAGUCUUUGAUAGCAGGACCGACAGACAGGUGAAAAAAACUAUGAGCGAGUCUCCCGUUUUAUUAAACAAACAUGAGGUCGAGCGUUUGCUCACUUAUGAUGAUCUGAUUCCCAGACUGGAGUCUGUCAUGGGAAAGUUUUCUAAACGGGACAGUUCAGAAAUAAUCCAGCCUGUGAGAUCUGUGGUCCCUAUACAACAACACAAUGGGUUUUUGGGCGUUAUGCCUGCAUAUUUGGCCGCUGAGGGUAUUUUAUGCACUAAGAUGGUGACUUUCUACCAGCGUGCAGAGGGAUCCAGUUUACCAUCAAUUCAAGCAACUGUGUUACUCUUUCAUCCCGAGCAUGGAAAUGUGACAGCGAUCAUGGAUGGGGAGGCCAUCACAGCCAAACGAACUGCAGCAGUAUCAGCCAUAUCAGCUAAACUGUUCAAGCCAGCUCUUUCAGAAGUGUUGUGCAUCCUUGGUUCAGGGCAGCAGGCUAGAAGCCACUAUGAUGUCUUUACAAAGCUCUUCAAGUUCAAAGAGGUCCGUGUGUGGAGCAGAAGGAAAGAAAUGGCUCAACGGUUUGUUAAUGAUCUCCAAGAUCCUGUAACAGUUUGUUCUUCGGUGAAGGAGGCCGUGAUAGGAGCUGAUGUAAUAGUGACUGCCACAGGUGCAAGUCAGCCGAUACUCUUUGGCGAGUGGGUCAAACCAGGUGCACACAUAGCAGCGGUUGGCGCUUGUCGGCCAGACUGGAGGGAACUGGAUGAUGUCUUGAUGAGAGAGGCUGUGGUGUAUGUGGACAGCAGAGAGGGGGCGACAGCAGAGUCAGGAGACAUCAUUCUGUCUGGAGCUGAAGUAUUCGCAGAGCUCGGAGAAGUUAUAAAUGGAUCCUUUCCUGCUCAGCGUGAGAAGACUACAGUAUUCAAGUCACUGGGAAUGGGGAUACAAGAUGCUGUCUCAGCCAAACUUGUGCUGGAGAAGUGGAACAGUGAACAUUGAAGAACUAACCAGCACAGCUUCCUCUGCUGAUUUCACAAUCGUCUCGUCUGCCAUGGUGGUAGUGUCUUUACCCUGAUAAAUAAUUAUGAGAAAAAAAACUGCUCUCACAAUUUACAGUUAAAAGAAAUAAUCAGUAAAGUACUUUUAGUCUGAAAAAAGUAACACUACAUUUUUUUAACACGUAUUGUAGCAUCAUUAAUAUCACUCUAUUAAUGAUGCUACAAUAUGUGUUAAAAAAUGUAGGGAUGAUGUAUUUUUGUUGGCCAAAACCUAGAAAUGAGUUAGCAUUUGAGCACUUCUGGUUCUGUUGCCCCAAAGUCGAUGGGUUUAUUUUAAAUGGAUUUUUGGUUAAAUGCCUGAAAUAAGGUCUGCAGUUAAUACAAGCUCAAGACAUUUCACAUUUUAUUCUACAACAUAAAAUACAUUAGUAAUACCCCUUUGUGAUUGUUUUGAAAGCUUUUUCUUGUCUUGAAAAAAGCAGUUGCUAACAAGAGGUUGUCGGGGGCAACUUAUUUUCUGCAAUAAUCCAAAAGCCAAUAGAAAAACCCUACUGGAUUAUGGUUGAGAGAACCAAGGUGAUGCUAACUUCUGGGUUGGUCUACUAAAGUAUUGGGACACCCCCUUCUUUAGAAA